UUUUUUAGUCAUGUAAAACAUACAGAAACACACCCAAAAUGAAGAACAAGCGGAAAGCACGGGGCUAUAAACCAUUCGUACCCCUUCGGUAACUAUGACAAUCUUCAUCGUCCUCAGCCAAUCACAGUCCUUCAUAUCCGUCUCUAAUACACGUUUAACGCCAUCUUGAAAAUACACCCGCAGUUUGUCAAGUCUCAAAUAAAGAGGCACAACUAUUCUUCUCGUCGGUGUGUUGGUGUCCGGCAUGAACGGUUCACGAAACAAACCACCGGCACCGGCACUAAACAAAAGUCAGACGGACGCAGACACCUCAGAGACGAACCACAGGGAUAAAAAGACAGCUGGAGGAAUGCUUAAGAAGCUGAAGUCGAGGCGCAGUCAGACGGAGAAGUGGCCUGUGGUCACAGAGGAUGAACUCCGGGCUCUGGCUGGAGAUAUCUCCCCGGAUCAUGUCCUGGGUCUCCGGGCUGUCACGGAGGAUUAUCUUUGCAAACCUGAAGACAACAUCUACAACGUUGACUUCACUCGUUUCAAAAUCAGAGAUCUGGAGACGGGAACGGUGCUGUUUGAGAUAGCCAAACCUCCUCACAGCGGUCCUGUGGAUGGUGAAGAUGAGGUUGGAGAUGUAGACACCAGUGCAGGGCGCUUUGUGCGAUAUCAGUUCACACCAGCCUUCCUCAAACUUUGCACUGUUGGUGCAACUGUGGAGUUCACAGUGGGCGACCAACCAAUCAACAGCUUUCGAAUGAUCGAGAGGCAUUACUUCCAGGGACGCCUUCUCAAAAACUUUGACUUCGACUUUGGCUUUUGCAUCCCCAACAGCCGCAAUACAUGUGAACACAUUUACGAGUUUCCACAGCUUCCAGACGACCUGAUUCGCCAAAUGGUAGCACAUCCUUACGAGACCAGAUCGGACAGUUUCUACUUUGUCGACAACAAACUCAUCAUGCACAAUAAGGCAGACUAUGCGUAUAACGGCGGUUUGUAAUACCUGAGAGAGAAAAAGUGUGCAAUACUUCCCAGGGGAUGGCUACUCUCCAAAAGCUUCUUUUUGGGGACAGAAAGUAUUCCCUCCUUCUGUGGACAUUCCUAUGAACGUAACACAUUGGUCAGAAUCAUUGGAACACAUCUGCCUUCAAAUGAAAUCAUGGAGUCGAUCAUCAGUACCUCAUGGAGCUUAGUUUCUUGGACUCUGAGGAAUGUUAAAUAUCUCUCUGUCAAAGCUGACUGAAACCUUUUUGUUUUGUCUUACGGUUUGUCAUCAUGAGUAGAAUGUUACUGCUUGAACACUUUUGCCUUAAGUAUCUCUGCUGGAAAGGGACACUUUAAAGCUGUUUUCACACACGCAUCCUUUAAACUUCUAGAAAUGUGUCCCCCACAGCAUGAACUUUUCCCUGACCGACAGAGGACGAGUUCUCAGGAGAAAAGACAUGACGUAGAAAAGAUGCUGCUAAACCCGCAGCAGAGACCAACACUAUAUUGACAGUUUGUCGCCUUUAUAUAAAUGCUACGUGUAAUUGGAUGUAUCCACCAUAUCAACCAACAAGUGGAAGAAAAAAAACACACUGGCAAAAAAAAAAAAGAAUAUGAAGCAGCUUCAUUGCACGUAGGAAGACUGCAGCAGUCACACACCAGUCGCUUGAUAUGAAAGUCAUUACCUCCGCCCACUCACUCGCAGGUAAUGUUCCUGAAUAUUAUUAUUAGUUCUGCAUUCACACAUCGCCUCACCAAGACUUCUCAGGGGAAAUUUUACUGGGAGGCUGGUAAGAAAAUAUCUGGGUAAAGUCGGGGGGGGGGGGGAUUUGGGCUGUUUGUUUCCACACAUGCAGCUCAACCCAAAAAAAAAUGUUGGAUGUUUUGUGCAUGUGUGAAAACACCGUUAGUCUCACAGACCCCCUCAUUCACUUAAGGACAUAGAUUUUUCCCAUUCAUAUUGUUUGACUACCUUUUUGAAAGUGACAAUUGUGUUUCCUGUUUGGAAAAUUGAGCAUUAACUAGAUGUUUUACAGUAUUGUUAGACCUAGAUGAUCAUGUAGCAGUAGAGUUUCGCUCUUCAUGAACUAUCUUCUAGCUGUCGUCAGUCUUUGGGGUUGUUCGUGUCGGAUGUUAAAGCUUGUUAGGGUUGUCUUAAGUAGGAAGUCUUUAAAUACAAGAACAGCCUGAGCUUUAUUGACAAUGCCAGGUGUCAUAUCAUUCCUUAUCAUAGCAUGUUACUUUUUCAUUUUAAGGUUUACAGCAUCAUUAGUUCUCGUCUUGGAGUCGUGUGUGUGUGUGUGUGUGUGUGUGUGUGUGUGUGUGUGUGUGUGUGUGUGUGUGUGUGUGUGUGUGUGUGUGUGUGUGUGUGUGUGUGUGUGUGUGUGUGUGUGUGUGUGUGUGUGU